UUUUUCUGCCCAAACGUUCGUAGUUUGUUAUGUUCGUGUACGUCUUGAGUAAACUUGAGUAGACAUAUUAAUAAUUUAAAACAAUUUAUUAAUAAUAUGUCUAUGAUUGUGUACCUACCUAUUGUAAACCAUUAUUAUUGAGAUACCUAGUUAAUUUUGCAAUUUCUUAUCCGUGUUUCAAAUUUUCAAUAAUUUUCAGCCAACAUGACGUCAUCAUCUAUUGAAAACAUAAAAUAUUCAGCAAAGUAUGAAGACGACACGUAUGUUUACAGGCACGUAAUUUUACCUGUAGAUUUGGCCAAAACCUUGCCUGAGACUCAUUUAAUGACUGAAACGGAGUGGCGAAAUAUUGGCAUUCAAAUGUCAACCGGAUGGAAGCAUUACAUGAGACAUGGGCCAGAACCUCAUAUUGUGCCAUUCAGAAGAUUGAAAUUUGAUAUUGAUGAAUAAUUAUUAUUAUUUUUAUAUUUACAUUUUUUUAUUCCAUUUUUUUUCUUUUAUAUAUUAUUAUUUCUUGAUAUAGUAUAUAUUUUAAAUAAUUAUCUAUUCUAAACCAUAACAAUUAAUGUUUUUGUUUUGUGUGUUGUAUUAAA